GAUCAUUCUUCUGAAUCAAAUAGAAUGAAUAGUGAUUAUGAUUGAAAAUUCACAUUCUAUAUUGUCAUUAUUUGUAUAAAUUAUGACAUGAUUAAUAUUCAUUGUUUUAUCUGAACAAUUCGCGAGUGUCGAUUGUAAGGACUCACUGCACGCGUUAAGUGACAUUUAUAAGAGUUUACUCUGACAUCAUUCGAAAACGCGAUUUAAGACUCUGUUGCCAAUGAUUGACAACAAAAACGAAGAAGGCGGUGAAUCUUGUCAACCAUUUGAAUCUGUUUUGAAACUCUUGGGACUGCAUCAUAAAGAUAUUCUGUAAAUAGAUUUUAUUAUAAAAUGGCUCCGACUAUUUACUUGUCGGAGAUACCUGUUGUAAGAACAUCUACAAUCCCAUGUUCACGACGAAGACAAAGGAUUCAUAAUGGAGCUGUUGCAAAACAACAAAGGCUAGAAAUUAGACGAUUAGAAACGAAUGAGUCUUCACGCGAUAAUGGGUCUUUGAUACCACCGGAAAAUUCUCUUUGGGAACCAGAAAAUUCCAAUGACUCCUGUGAUCCGACAAUCGUCAGUUCUUCCUUUCCAAAUGUUUCUGCUAGAGUUCCAGUGGACACAAAGGAACAUUGGAAAGUGUUCCUAGCGAGACGAAAAGGUCUUCUAGAUAUUGUCGUACGUACUAUGGCUCUGAUACGACGAAACAACAUUCUUCAAGAAAGAGUAAACGCUCUGCGCGCAGAGACUCGAGACUUUAUUCAUUCAGUAUUGAACAAUCCCGAAAACAAGUGUAUACAACAGAGAUUGGAUAUUAUUGACUGCAAGGAAACGGAUGUGACCUCGUCGACGGAGAAAACUAUACCAAGACCAUCGCUUCCGCCCACACCAAACUCGAUAAAUUCCUCAUCAAACGACGUCACGUCAACCUGUAGUAACAACGAAAACGACUCUGAACAAUCUGACAUCGAAUCGUAAUGUUUGAGAAUCAUGCGCAAGAAAAAGAGGUAAUUCGUAAAUGAAAUCGAAAAGAAUAAAACGAUUUGAGUCAUUUGAUCGUUUUAAGUAGAAUGAUGAUGCGAUCGAUUCUUAGUUGAACGAAACAGAAUAAGAAUGCUAUUGGAAAGAAGAUUGGGAUGAUGCAGAUGAAGUUUAAUUGAUAGAUUUUUUAGAAUGUAUUGUCUUCAUUAGUUCGUUAUAGGGUUUAUUAAUGAUAUUGAAGUUUUAAAUGAAAUUUUCUGACUCUAUCUGUAAGAUAGUAAAAUCAAUAAUAUAAUUUUUAAGUUUUUGAUUUAAAAUUUGUUCUUUAAUAUCAUU